CAGCAGCGGCCGCCGCGGGAGGAGGAGAAAGAGGAGGAGGAGGACCCAGGCACGCACAGAGGAGAUGAGAGCUCCGCGCUCGGGCUAGGCGGCGGCCGCAGGAUGAGCAAAGACAGGCUGGAGAAGGGGCCGGCGGCCCAGGCGAAAGACUGAGCACCGCGGGGAGGGCGAGCGCCGCUGCAGCCCGCAGACUAGACUGGAGCGCUGGAAGAUUCCGCAGCUGUUAACAGAGGACAUAAACGUACAGAAAGACAAUUUCAACAAUAUCAGCGGCCCCUGGUAGAUGCUUUUGUCAUCUACCCAUGCUGCUGGGGGGGUUGGCGACUUGUGCAAACACACUUCAAGAUAUGGGCCUGACCAGUUCUUGCUUAACCGGCGAGGCCCACAGUAGAAAUCUGGACAGGACCUGACUGCCAACCCCACAACAUUUCUCAGAGUCCAGAUGGAAUGCCCUUCAGGGAACUCUUAAUCAGCAGACAUUAAGCUGCACAAUGCUGUGGUCCCUCUGGCUUCCUCUCCUGUUCCUGGCCCCUUGUGCCAGGGCCAUUCGCCCGUGUUUCCCAGGCUGCCAUUGUGAAGUGGAAACCUUCGGCCUGUUUGACAGCUUCAGCUUGACCCGGGUGGACUGCAGCGGCCUGGGCUCCCACAUUGUCCCGGUCCCCAUCCCCCUGGACACAACCUACCUGGACCUGUCCUCUAACCAGCUGGAGAUAGUCAAUGAGUCCAUGCUCACAGGACCAGGAUACACCACUCUGGUGAGCCUCGACCUGAGCUACAACCGCAUCGCUCAGAUUUCUUCCACCACCUUCUCCCGGCUCCGAUACCUAGAGUCCUUGGACCUCAGCCACAAUGCCCUGACGGCCCUGCCUGAGGAGAGCUUUGCCAGCUCCCCCCUGAGCGAGGUGGAUCUGAGUAGUAACAGACUAACCGAGAUCUCCAUGGACACCUUCACUUCUCGAGGGCAGGGGAAGCCCCUCAAUGUGGAUCUCUCCCACAACCUCCUUACCCGGGUGGUGCGGUCACAGCUGGACAGGGGCACCCCCAAUGUCCAGAGCCUGAACCUCUCCUGGAACCAGCUGCAGGAGGUGCCUGACCUCCAGGGUCUCCCCCUGCGCUACCUCAACCUGGAUGGCAACCUCCUGAGCAGGGUCCAGGCAGGGGCCUUCGCCGGGUUGAAGGACCUCAUUCACUUGUCCCUCGGCAGCCUCCGCCGCCCUACGGAGCUUACCCCGUUUGCCUUCCGUGACUUGCCAAGCCUCCAGGUUCUGGACUUGUCAGGCAAUCCCAGCCUUCAGUCUGCCAGGGCAGAGGUCUUCUCCACCUUGAACUCUCUGCAGGAGCUGAAUCUAUCAGGCACAGGGCUGGCAGUCCUGCCGGACCGGCUUCUGAAAUACCUCCCCUCUGUCAAGAGCAUCACCCUGGGGAAGGACCUCUGGUGCGUCAAGGUGGUCAAAGAGGGCCAAUACCGACGAGAGAUGGGCCAGACCAGAAAGGAAGUCUUGUAUUGCCAUGAUGGCCACGGCGCCGUGGCCGAAGCCCCCUAUGUCUUGUGAUAAACAUCAGAGAUAAUAGGCGGAAAUAGGGAAGGCCCCUGGAGGGCCUGGGGAAGGGUAGGACCCACAUGGAGGUAGGAGGAAGAAAAGCUACACUACACCUCCAUUACGAGCAGAUACUGAGGCCUACCCUCGUGAUGCCAUUUUUUUUUUUUUGGUAAGCCUGUCAAUUUAAUUUAUAUUUGUAUGUGCCAAUACCAGGUCUAACUCCUGAGUGAGUGAGUGUGUGUGUGUGUGUGUGUGCGUGUGUGGUGCCUUUCCACUUCUCCUACUAUUCCUCUGCCUAGAGGCUCCCCUAUGAGGCCACUCUUGGUCUUGCCCUGAACAAAAAUUCCCACCAGGGGCUUCUAUUUCCUAGUCUCCUGGGUAGCACCUGGGACCAGUUAGAGAAUAUUGGGAACCAGCCAUCAGAGCCGAGGUGUGACGGGAAACAUUCCUGACUCCAAAAUGCCCCUGACUUGGACAUCCCCUUUCUGGACUCUGAGGAAAGAGAGGGAAGUCUUCCGGAAUACCCCGCCCAUGGAUCUGGGGAGAUAUCAGAGCUUAGGUGGAAGUUCAGGACCAAGAGAAGAAGGAAUCAUGCCUGAGGGGGUGUCCUCUCCAUCUCAGAUAUCUCUGGUCCCUCCUCCAGCAUUCCCCAGCUCACAUCUCCAACGUUCCCCUUAUCUUUGACUUAGUUAUCCCCUGGCUCGGACAUCCUCCCUCCCCCACCCACACCACCCACAGCCAUGUAAUGUAGCCGUGGCUCGUUUGGUGCCAAAGUGGGCCCCGAGCCCAUCUCUGCCUAUAUACCCUUGGUGUUCUUCCCAAAGUGCCUUCCCCCAAUGGCUUGACUCACACUGUGUUCAGGCAUCUUUCUCUUAGGGGGGUUUGUUUUGUUUCAUUUUGUUGUUGUUGUUUUUUUAAUAAUGGACAAGCUGAAUGAAUAAAUCAAUAAAGAAG